AUGUAUGUUUUUCUCGUUCGCCUGGUUAAUACUUAUCAAAACUUCCGAAUGCACGAGGUAUUGUCUAUUCUAAGUAAUCAUCCCCAUGAGAUAAUUAGUCUACCGCAGGAAAAUCAUCCUUACGUAAUCGUCAAAACCACCUUUGAAGCGGUUCACGAAAUUUGUGGGAGGUCCAUAUUUGUUAAAAAUGUUUCCUUUUUGCUUCAUAAAAGCGAGGUGAACCAAAGAUUGUUCGUUGUUGAUGAUGCCUUCAAAGAAAAAAUUCGAAAAAAAACGGAUGAAUUUGCUAAACUUUAUCUGCUUGGGAAGGUGAACGGGAUGAAGUAUGAGGAACGGGAAAUAAAUGAAGACGGGAAGAAAGUAAGGUUGGAACGGGUAACCGAGACUUUUGGAUGCAAAAUAAAACAUACAGCCGAGUUUCAGGAUAAAUUUGAUUUUUUCCACCACGUUGAACCUAUUCUCAAUGUCCCGUUCACAAUAAUUUAUGUUGUCAGCUGCACACCAGACAAAACGUACUUUUCCAUACACGUGAAGACCUCUAAAAGGAAAGAAAUGCUGCGCUAUGCAGUACCAAACAGACUGUUUAUCGGGCAUACAGCAAUGGACCUGGAAGUAUCAGCUUUUAUGUUCAAUGUAACGGUUUCCAAUAAUAAUUGCAUUGUUUUAGACCCGUUUGUAGGCAGUGGCAGUAUCAUAUUGUACUGUGCUUUGAUGGGUUGCUAUGUAAUUGGUAGCGAUAUAAGCAAAAGACAAAUGAUCGGACAGAACACCUUUGGAGAAAACAACAAGGAAAACGUGAAAUCGCUAGAACCAAAUGCAAGACAGAUGGUAGCAUCAUACAAUGACAAAAUGAAAACUGACGAGUAUUAUAGAACAGAGAACAAGUUAUUCCUGACACAGCUGCCGGGCGUAAGAACGAGUCUUGUUGGAACAUCGAUCCAUUCAAAUUUUUAUCAGUUCGGUGUUGGGGAGCGUCUUCUCGGUGUUUUUCGGGCAUCUGUUUUUUCUGACCAUUUUAAAGAAGCAGAUCACGUAAUAACAGACCUGCCGUACGGUAUACGAGCAUCACUGCAGAAGGAGACCAUGUUAUCACUUAUUGAGGGACUGAAAGAUAUGUGUAACAGAGUUUUGCGAAGAGGUGGACGAGUAUGUUUUUCGGUGGUAUGCGGGUUUGAAAAGGAAAUUAGAACACUUUUUGAAAGAUAUGAACUUAUUCUGUUUGUAAAUCAGAAGCUACGGACGUGUGAGCGAGUAUUUUAUCUUUUUCAAAGGAUAUAGACACCAAUAUUUGGAAUGAUAGUGAUGAAUCUUUCGUACGAUAAAUGGCACAAAACACCUAUUAAACCACAAAUAAUACUGAAAAAUCAAUUGCAUGGCGUAGAUUAAACGUUUCUCGUUCAGCAGAAGAUGUUUCAAAUAGGUUUUUGUACCUCUGUUGCAAGUUUUUAAUAUGUUAGGCAGUACGUUUUCCACAGGACCAAGAUAUUUUAAGCGUGUUGAUGUACUAAAUAAAUUUU